AUGUCUGAGAUUGACUAUGAGAAGUUAGCUGAAAUAGAACUGCAGAAAGAUGAAGCGGAAGAUGCACAGUCGGAACAGGAGGAAACAUUUAUUUCUCCACCACUCGAGGAUCCUGAGUUAAACAUCAAUCACCCUUACUAUGAUGUUGCGAGACAUGGCAUCAUCCAGUUAGCAGGUGAUGACAAUUCUGGAAGGAAGGUGAUUACCUUCAGUUGCUGCCGUAUGCCCCCCUCCCAUCAGCUCAAUCACACCAGAUUGCUGGAGUACUUAAAGUAUACUCUGGACCAGUAUGUAGAGAAUGAUUAUACAGUUGUCUACUUUCACUAUGGCCUGAAGAGUCUGAAUAAACCAUCUCUGAAAUGGUUACAAACAGCCUACAAAGAAUUUGACAGGAAGUAUAAGAAAAACCUUAAAGCACUCUAUGUUGUACAUCCAACCAACUUCAUAAAAAUUCUGUGGAAUAUCUUUAAACCUCUUAUAAGCCAUAAGUUUGGGAAAAAAAUCACCUACUUGAACUAUUUAAGUGACCUGAGAGAGCAUCUGAAAUAUGAUCAGCUACAUAUCCCCCAAGAAGUCAUCCGACAUGAUGAAAAUCUUCGGGGGAAACAGAAGGGAAAACUGCCACCUGUGGUUAAGGUUCCUCCACCACGGCCACCUCUACCUACCCAGCAAUUUGGAGUCAGCCUGCAAUAUAUCAAGAACAAAAAUAAAGGCGAACUAAUCCCCCCAGUAAUGAAGGAAACUAUAUCCUACCUAAAAAGAAAAGGACUACAAGUAGAGGGCCUCUUCAGGAGGUCAGCCAGCAUCCAGACUAUUAAAGAUGUUCAGAAACUCUACAAUCAGGGCAAGUCUGUGAAUUUCGAUGAUUCAUCUGCUGUUAUCCUAAAGACUUUCCUUAGGGAACUCCCUCAGCCAUUACUAACAUUUGAGUGUUAUGAUCAUAUCCUCGGAAUCACCAGUGUGGAGAGCAGUUUACGAGUCGCCAGAUGUAAGCAAAUCAUUCAAGGACUUCCUGAACACAAUUACGUUGUUCUGAAAUAUCUGAUAUGCUUUCUCCAUAUGGUUUCACAGGAGAGCAUAUAUAACAGAAUGACAGCAUCCAGCCUGGCCUGUGUCUUUGGCUUGAAUUUGAUCUGGCCAUCGAAAGGAACAGCCUCUCUGAGUGCUCUGGUACCUCUGAAUCUCUUCACUGAACUGCUGAUAGAUUUCUAUACGAAUAUAUUCAACUCCCGAACAGUGCCUGGUGAGAUCUUACCUUAA